AUGGAGACUGAGAGCCACAACAACCCUCAGGAAAGACCCACACCGUCUAGUAAUGGGAAGGCUUCACAGGAUGACAAUCAUUUGUUGAUUGAAGCUGUUAAAGAUGAAGACAUUGAGUUGGUCCAGCAACUGCUAGAAAGAGGGGCUGAUGUCAAUUUCCAGGAAGAAUGGGGCUGGUCGCCUUUGCAUAAUGCAGUGCAAGUUGGCAGAGAAGACAUUGUGGAUCUUCUGCUCAGUCAUGGUGCUGAGCCUUGUCUGCGGAAGAAGAAUGGCGCCACUCCCUUCAUCAUUGCUGGGAUUGUCGGAAAUGUGAAGUUGCUCAAACUAUUACUUCCUAAAAUAGCAGAUGUCAAUGAGUGCGAUGUUAAUGGCUUCACCGCUUUCAUGGAAGCUGCUGUGUAUGGCAAAGUCGAAGCCUUAAGGUUCCUGUAUAGCAAUGGAGCAGAGGUGAAUUUACACAGAAAGACAUUGGAGGAUCAAGAGAGGAUUAAGAAAGGAGGGGCCACUGCUCUCAUGGAUGCUGCUAGAGAAGGGCGUGUAGAUGUCGUGGAGAUCCUCCUUCAUGAGAUGGGGGCGGAUGUCAAUGCCCGGGACAAUAGGGGCAGAAAUGCUUUGAUCUAUGCUCUUCUGAACUCUGAUGAUGAGAAGGUGAAAGCCAUUACUCGCCUUCUGCUGGACUGUAAGGUUGAUGUCAAUGUGAGGGGGGAGGGAAGGAAGACGCCGCUGAUCUUGGCAGUGGAAAAGAAGAACCUGGAUCUGGUACAGAUGCUUCUGGAACAAACAGGUAUAGAGAUCAACAGCACAGACAGUGAGGGUAAAACAGCACUGCUGCUUGCUGUCGAGCUUAAGCUGAAGGCAAUUGCCCAGUUGCUGUGUCACAAAGGAGCCAGCACAAAAUGCGGGGACCUUGUCGCAAUAGCGAAGCGCAGUUAUGACUCUGACCUUGCAAAGUUUCUUCGCCAGCAUGGAGCCGUAGAAGACGUUUGCCCUCCCGCUAAAGCCUGGAAGCCUCAGAGCUCACGUUGGGGGGUGGCCCUGAAACAUCUCCACAGGAUAUACCGCCCUAUGAUAGGCAAACUUAAGAUCUUCAUUGAUGAAGAAUACAAAAUCGCUGACACCUCUGAAGGGGGCAUCUACCUGGGGUUCUAUGAGGAGCAAGAGGUAGCCGUGAAGCGGUUCUAUGAAGGCAGCACACGGGGACAAAAUGAAGUCUCUUGUUUGCAGAGCAACCGAGCCAGCGGUCACGUGGUGACCUUCUAUGGCAGUGAGAGCGAUGGGGGCUGUCUGUAUGUGUGCCUUGCCCUGUGUGAGCACACGCUGGGGAAGCACUUGGCUGAGCACAGAGGAGAGGCUGUGCAAAACAAGGAAGAUGAAUUUGCCCGAAACAUCCUCUCCUCUCUGUUUAAGGCUGUUGAGGAACUACACCUGUCUGGAUACACUCAUCAGGAUCUGGAACCACAGAACAUCUUAAUAGAUUCCAAGAAUGGUGCUUGCCUGGCAGAUUUUGAUGAAAGCAUCCAGGGGACUGGAGAUCCACAGGAAAUCAAGAGAGAUCUAGAGGCCUUGGGACUGCUGGUCCUGUAUGUGGUAAACAAGGGAAACGUUUCUUUUGAGAGGCUGAAGGAUCUAAAAACUGAAGACUUGAUUGAACAUUCUCCAGAUGAGGAAACUCGGGACCUCAUUCAGCAUCUGUUAGUCCCUGGGGACAAUGUGAAGGGCCAUCUGAGUGGCCUGCUGGCUCAUCCCUUCUUUUGGAGUUGGGAGAGCCGCUACCGGACCCUCCGGGAUGUGGGAAAUGAAUCUGACAUCAAAACACGAAAUACUUGUAGCAAGAUCCUCCAGCUUCUGCAACCUGAAACAUCUGAACUUUCCACGAGUUUUAACCAGUGGACAAAAAAGGUUGAUGAAUUUGUGAUGGGAAAAAUGAAUGAAUUUUAUAAAAAAGGAAAUACCUAUCAGAACACUGUAGGUGACCUGCUGAAGUUCAUUCGGAAUUUGGGAGAGCACAUUAAUGAACAAAAGAAUAUAGAGAUGAAGUCAAAAAUUGGAGAACCUUCCCAGUAUUUUCAGGAGAAAUUUCCAGAUCUGGUUAUGUAUGUCUAUAAGAAACUACAGAACACAGAAUAUGCAAAGCAUUUUCCAAAAAAUCUCAAUCCGAACAAAGCCAACAUGUGAUGGAAUUGGUGGUGGUG